AAUAUCCAUAAAUUCUUCGAAAAAGAACAAAUUAGCUCGUCCCAAACAUUAAUCGAGUUCAUCGACAAAAAAGUAGUAAAACUGUAACAAGUUACAUUUCUCGACGUGGCGAUUUCCACCUUGUAAAGGCGGGCGGCCAAAGAAUCCCCCCCUACCCAAGGGUAGAGCGGUCACAUAAAACCACAAAAAAAAAACAAAACAAAAAUGAGCCAAUAUAGCCACGUUAAGUACACAACGUCGCCGACGCCAUCCGUGGUGUCGGGCUACUCGGGCGCCUCUCGGCUCACCUCGCACCUGCCACCCCCAGUGAACCAUCGAAAGGAUUGCCUGUCUGCGACCACAAAGAGCUACAAGUAUCUGCGACGUCUGCUGAAGUUCAAUCAAAUGGACUUCGAAUUUGCACUGUGGCAAAUGAUCUAUCUGCUAAUAGCACCCCAGAAGGUGUAUAGGAACUUUAACUACAGAAAACAAACCAAAUCACAGUUCGCCCGAGACGAUCCGGCAUUUCUGGUGCUCUUGAUUGUCUGUCUAUGUGUGACGUCUCUGGGAUUUGCCUAUGUCUUGGGCCUGAGAUUCUUGCAGAGCAUCGGCUUCAUCUUCUAUGUGAUUGGCGUGGAUUGUCUUCUGGCUGGCGUUAUUAUUGCAUCAUUUUUUUGGGCGAUUACAAAUCGCUUUUUGCGCACCAACAGCUUGGAGCCAGACAUUGAGUGGGGCUAUGCGUUCGAUGUGCACCUGAAUGCCUUCUUUCCGCCCCUCAUGCUGCUGCACUGCAUCCAGCUCUUCUUCUACAACUGGCUGAUUAGUCACACGUGGUUCAUAUCGCGGUUUCUGGGCAACACUUUCUGGCUCUUAGGGAUGAGCUACUAUGUAUAUAUCACCUUCCUGGGCUACAAUUGCAUUCCCCAUCUGAAGAACACCCGCCUCAUACUCAUUGCUCUGCCCAUUAUUUUCCUGUUGUAUCUGGUCGUUACAAUCAUUGGCUGGAAUGCCACGAUAUCCUUUGUCAACUUCUACAAGUAUCGCGUUUAUUAAACGCCCAACGUGCAUUGUAAUUUAUUCUGCUGUUAGCUGCUAAGCACCUCCACCAUCCCCUCAACGAUGAUGACUAAUAAACUAGACGUUCUAGCAUUAUCCAAA